AUGUCUGAACAGAGUCCCCAGUUCCACCAGGACAAACAUGGCGGUGUCCAUGUGGUUUGGAUGAAAAAAGGUGUGGAUGGAUCUUCAAGACCAUUUGUGAAACCAAGGGCUCUCCAGUAUUUCUACGAUAAUACUCUUUAUAAAACAGAGGGGGAGCGAAGUAGUGGUCGAUUUGAGAUCUUCCUCGAUUUGUUAUUCGUUGGUAUGGUAGCAAACUUGGCUCAUAUUGUCACAGAAGAUCCCACAGGGUUAAAUCUUUUAAAAUACUUGUUAGUGGGUAUUCCGGCAUGGCAGAUGUGGGGUGAUAUGAGAGAUUUCAUGAACUAUUAUUAUAAUGACGAUUUAACUCAGCGGUGUUUAGUGUUCUGGCAGAUGUGUCUUAUUGUUAUGUAUGGUAACAAUGCCCAAUUAGCCGGCUCAUCUACCAAAUAUACUGGUCUGGUAGUAGGAAUCUAUAUUGUGAGUCGAAUCUCUGUGUACGGAGUUAUUUUCGCCUACACGUUUUAUAUCCCUGAACACCGGAAGGUUAUGAGAUCGCUUGCCACAUUUGUCGUUAUCACCUGUGGUAUAUGGCUGUCUACGAUUUGGACUCCAGUUAGAGUGAAAAUUGCUUUAGCAAUUGUCGCAAUCGCCUGUGAGCAAUUCUUUUUUGCAUUCAACUAUAGCACCUUUUGGAGAGGUAUAUUAAAAGCGACCCAUACCACAGCUUUAGAUUUGAACCAUGAAAUUGAGCGAUAUGAAGCAUUUUAUGUUAUUGUUCUAGGUGAAUUCUUAUAUGUUAUUGUAUAUGAAUCACCGGCACAGAUUGGAUUCAAUCUCAAGCUGCUGAGAGCUUUUUUUACUCUGUUGAUUGCCUAUGAUUUGAAUUGGAUCUACUUCAAUGGCGAUGGAAGCUCCAAAUGGACACACGCUCUUCGACGCAGUAAACAGACCGCUAUUGCAUGGCUAUAUGCCCAUAUGCCGUUAAAUGCAGCUCUGGUUCUUGCUGCUGAUGCUGCUGGUGAGCUGGCAUCAUAUGAAUUCGCUGAGGUUGCGGAAAGCGAACAUCUUGGUGAGCAUGAAGUGUAUCAACUCAAGAGAAACUAUUCGUUUCUUUUUUGCGGAGGUAUUGGUGUUGGACUGUUAGCCAACUAUAUAAUCAGUAUCCUCUCUAAAUGUGAUGAUGAUCCGGGUCAAAAGUGGGUACCAAAGCACUGGCGAGUCAUCUGGCGAGUUCCGGUGGGCAUAACUAUUGCAUUUUUGCCAUUUGCAAACAUGUCAGCAACGCUAUUAAUGGGUAUUGUAGCUUUGCUAUUGACUGUUAUCGUUACAUUUGAGACCCUGGCUGCUUGGGACCGUGUAUGCACUGAAGAUACUGGAGAAGAGAUCGAUAUUGCUGAGCGCGUUGAGAACCAGAGUGUAAUGCGCGAAGGCGAUAAUGCUAUUUAUAAGAACAUUUAA